AGGUGAUUUCAUCUGCUAUGGCAACUGUUUUAAGCUAAAAAAGUUGAGUUCUGCCGCUCCGAUUACCGGCACGCCUCCCAUGAAGAAAACGGUAAAAGUAUCUCCUUUCCGGCUCACCUCCCUCCUCCGCCUCGAGAAAAACCCUACACUCGCACUCAAGCUCUUUCGAUGCCCGAACCCUGAAUCGAAUCCCCAUCCUUCGGUUAAGCCCUUCCGGUACAGUGCUCGAUCCUUUGACAUCAUCAUCUGCAGGCUCGCACAAGCGCGAAUGUUCACCGAGAUGGAGCAAAUCCUCGAUCAAAUGGCGAACCAGACCCGUUUCACUCCUAAAGAAGCCCUCUUUUGUAGGAUCAUCUCCUUCUACGGCCACGCUCGCAUGCCGGGCGCAUCCCUUCGCAUUUUCCAUCAAAUCCCUUCCUUCCUCUGUCUCCAAACGAUCCGCUCCUUCAAUACCCUCCUCGACGUGCUGCUCCGCCAUGGAGAGAUCGAUGCACUCCAAGCUCUCUGUAAUAACCUUGACGCUACCCAAUUUUCACCUGACCCUUGUACCUACAACAUUCUCAUCCGUGCCCACGCUGCCUUGGGGUCAAUCCACGGCGCCUGUGAACUGUUCGACGAAAUGACGAAGGAGGGAAUUAGGCCGACCGCCACAACAUUUGGAACACUUAUCACAGCCCUUACCUCGGCAUCAAUGCUAGACGAAGCAUUUCGUAUCAAGGAAGAGAUGCUCCGGCGAUACAACAUAAAGCCGAAUGCGUACAUAUACACAUCUCUGGUGAAGGUGCUCUGUAAAAACAAUGAACUCGAUCACGCAAUUAGAUUGAAAGAUGAGAUCGCUUCAGACGCGGAAAUAGGGCUUGAUGCGGCAAUUUACACGACUUUGAUCCGUGCAUUUUUCAGAGCUGGGAGAAAAGGGGAGGUGGUGAGUGUCUUGGAAGAGAUGAAAAAGAAGGGAGUGAAACCGGAGACAGCGACUUACAAUGCUAUAAUUUCGGGGUUCUGUGAGGAGGAAGACUUCAACGCAGCGUUCGAAGGUUUGAGUGAGAUGAAGCGAAGAGGAUGCAAACCGGAUGUGGUGAGCUACAACACCAUUGUGAUGGGGAUGUGCAGAGCGGGUCAGUGGAGUGAAGCGCGCAAAUUGUUUGACGAUAUGCCGAGGCGGGGGUGCCGGCCCGAUGUGGUGACGUACCGUGCGCUUCUCGACGGGAUGUGUGAGGCUGGGGAAGACGGAGAGAUGGCGCUGCUGUUGGAGGAGAUGGCAUUCAACGGCUACUAUCCGGCGGCAAUGAGUUUUAGGAAGCUGUUAGAGGCAGUUUUGGAAAAGGGUGGUGUCGGUGUGGGAGAGUUGGUAGAUUGGCUCACUUGCGUCAAUUAGGAAUAAAGUUUGAAUUAAUUUUGAUG